GUCAUUUUCUUUCAGUAUUCAUUUUCAUUUGUUGUACAACGAAACGAAUCACUAAUGAAAACAACCUAAAAUAAAUUUGAAAAUAUCUUAUUUCAAGAUGGAUAAACAAAAAACACUAAUAUGUGGAGACGUAAACGGAAACUUCAAUGCCUUGUUUUCCCGCGUUGAGACUAUAGUCAAGAAGUCUGGACCUUUCGAUGUCCUGUUAUGCGCGGGAAACUUUUUUGGAGACGAUAACUCACAAUUAGAUGCUUAUAAAAUGGGCUCUCGAAAAGUGCCAGUAACUACCUAUGUUUUUGGACCAUCUAAAAGUGAACAUGUCCCACUAUAUUGUGAAGAAGGAUCAGAGAUUGUUCCAAAUGUUAUCUACAUGGGUAAAAGAGGUAUAUUUACAACCAGUGCUGAUGUUAAAAUAGCUUACCUAACUGGUUUAUCAAGACGAGAGCUUGGCAAAGAGGUUCCGAUGUGCACAUUCGAGCCCAGUGACUGUAGUGCAGUGAGGGACGCCUGUUUCAGAGGCCAGAGUGAAUAUAGAGGAGUAGAUUUACUUAUAACUACUCUAUGGCCAGCUGGUAUACAGCAAGAUGAAAUUCAGAAGGUAGAUAUAGAGCAGGAGAACUUAUCUGACUUACUAUCAUGGCUUGCUAUCCAUAUCAAACCUAGGUAUCAUUUUGUACCAUCUCCUGCAAAACAUUAUGAAAGACAACCUUACAGAAAUCUCUCUACCCACCAAGACUUCAGGGAAGGAGCGACAAGGUUCAUAGCGUUAGCUCCAGUUGGUAACAAAGUUAAAGAGAAAUGGAUUUAUGCUUGCUCUCUACAACCUAUCUCUAAGAUGAGGGUCACAGAUCUGUUACAAGGCACCACAGAUGAGACGCAGUGUCCUUAUGAUCCUGAAUUGCUGAAGCAACAUCAACCUGGGAAAGUUGUGAAGUUUAGUGGUAACGGUCAAUACUUCUUCAAUAUGGAUGGACCAGAAGAUGAUCAAGGCAAGAGAAAAAGAAAGGGCAGAGAUGAUAACCAAGAAAGGAAAAAGAAAGAAUUUGAUCCAGAUACAUGUUGGUUCUGCCUCUCAUCCCCAACUGUGGAGAAGCAUCUAGUGAUAAGUGUGGGCACCCACUGUUACCUGGCAUUAGCCAAGGGCCCUCUGACACCUUACCAUGUUCUUAUCCUACCUAUUGCACAUCACCAAGCUAGCACUAGGGUGCCCGACGAGAUAAUAGAGGAAAUAAAGAAAUUUAAGAGCGCGUUGAAGAAGUUCUACGCGUCCAUGGGCAUGCUGGUUGUGUUCUUCGAGCGCAACUACCGCACCUCGCACAUGCAGAUACAGAGUGUGCCCGUGCCCAGGGAAUGUGAGCCGCAGCUGUUGGAAAUCUUUCAGGAUGAAGCCGGCAUAAACAGCAUACAAAUGGAAGUGCUACCCCCCUACACGGACAUCAGACAGGUGACGCUGCCGGGGGCGCCGUACUUCCACGCGGAGCUGCCCUCCGGAGACCAGAUAUAUGCUAAGACUAAGCAGCACUUCCCGCUGCAUUUUGGCAGGGAUGUAUUAUCAUGCCCGCCGAUCUUAAACUGCGAAGACAAGGCCGACUGGCGGCAAUGCCAGCUAUCCAGACAAGAGGAAGAAGAACAUGUGAAGAACUUUCGAGAAAAGUUCCGACCCUUUGACUUUACUGCGGACGAUGAUAGUGACAGUGAUUAAACUGUGUUCAGACAAUAUUCAACCUCACGUGCAUACAAAUAAAAGAGGUUUUUCAUAGAGCAUGAAGCUUGUUUUAUAGUUUUUUCAUAAUGUGCAGACAAUAUUCAACCUUACGUUCAUAUAAACAGAAUAGGUUUUUAAUGGAGCAUGAAACAUGUUUUUAAAAGCGUGUUUUAUAGUUUUUUUAAACUAUUUUCAGAUUGAAUUGAUUACUAAUGUAUAUCAGGAUAUAUUCAGUAAUUUAUUGAUGUGUAGUAAUAUUGUAAUUCUAUUUUUAAACGCUGUAACUUCAUAGGUGUUAUGAGAUUUUAACAAUAAAUUGAAUUGAAUUGUUGAGCAUAAUCGCUCGUACUUUGUACAAACCGAUUAGUCUUAAUUUAAAUGUAAGGAAAAUGAAUAGAACAAUUUCAAGUAAA